AUGUCUACCUCAUCACGACCUUGUAUUACACGACACGUUCGCUUCGGAACUAACGUCACAGAUCUAUCCGGAAAGAACCCCCAAGUUAUGCGCAGUCCCAUGAACAAACAAUACUACCAUCGUAUGGUGGAGUCAGAGAAGAAGUUGUGGAUCCAGGCAAAUGUGGAAGAACAAAUUGAAGUAGACGUAUCGAACAGAAAGCGCUCCUAUUGGAAAAUAAUGUUGCGACAUCUCUUUGAGAAGGCGAUGCACUUGAAACCAAGCUUUGGCACGAAAGGAACUUUCAAGCAAAGAAGUGGGCGGAAGUAUUAG